AUGCCCUCGUCUUACUGGCAACUAGUCGAUUGGAACCACGUGGCAAUGCACAUUUGGACUUUCACAGGAGUCGCUUGUCUUUCCUACAGUUGGAGCAUCUGCAAAGGAUCGAAAAAGGCGCCGGCAACACCGGCCGCCCGUCCGCAGCCGCCCUCAGUUCCCCCGCAACCGCCGGCGUCUGUCAAGCCGGAACCACCGAAGGAAGCAGCUCCGGUGGCGGCAGCGGCCGAGAAGCCGAAAGAGGAAGAGAAGGUGAGAAAAGGCGGUCUGUCGGGCAAAAUGAAAUUGUUGCAGAAGCCGGAGGGAAAGUCGGCGAAAUCGAAGAAAGGCGAAGAUAAGGAAAAGUCGAAGGGAUCGAAGAAGGAGGAGGAGAAAAAAUCGAAGAAGAGCGAGAAGAAAAAGAAGGAAGGAAGCAAGAAGGAGGAGAAAAAUGAGGAAAAGAAAGAGGAAAAGAAGGAGGCAAAGAAGGACGAGAAGAAGAAGGAGGAGGCGAACGCCAAGGAUGCAUUCAAAAAGCCCGAAGACCAGGACGCAGUGGCCGCCAAGAAGGAUCCAAACUAUCAGGUACAGUAAUUCCUACCGUAAUCCCUUAUAAGGACUUUCAGACGCUCUGCGGAUUGAACAAUGAUCUGUUCGGGCCCGACAAGAAUCCGAAGAAGCAGUUCAAAGCGCCGACGAAAGUGGAGAAGGCGGACGUGAAGGAUCCGCAAUACGAGACGUUGAACGGAGUGGGCGACGAUUUGUUCAAGGAAGAGAAGAAGGACGAGGAGGGCAAGAAGAAGGAGUUCAAGCCGCCAGAGAAGAUCACGAAGGCGGACGCGAAGGAUCCGCAGUACGAGACGCUCAACGAGGUGGACAAGGGAAUCUUCCAGAACGAGGAGAAGUCGGGAGACAAGAAGAAGGACGAGAAGGAGAACAAGGAGGAGGAGAAGAAGUAA